CAACCAAUGGGUUCGGCCAAGCGCAAAUUUCUUGAGCCAAGGCGACGUUGACAAACCAAGGCCCCCUAAGGGGGGACAGCAUAUCGUGGUAAAUUCAUUUUACAUGGCACGUCAAAGUGGUCCCAGAGAGCCCAGCCCGCCCAGGCUGCCAUUGACCCUCCGCCGGCCCGCUGCCCCAGAUCAUUUGCAAUGGUGCCAGAUACUUGAGUUGCUCAUCCCCUUCUGUGAAAAGCUCUGCGAGUUUUGUUUGCUCUUCUUCUCUUUCCCUUUUGGUAUUUGUCGUGUGCUACGUCCCAUGCAGCUCCCCACGCUACCUUGACCACAAUUACUAGCUCUCCAGCCUCUCAGCCUUACAGCACCUCACUCGGCCCUCUCAUUUGCCCAAAUAGGCGUUACGGUUUCGGUUACUCGCAGACGCCUCCCGGGUAGGACCUAGGCCCGCCAUGUGUCUACCCACAUCCCUGUAUUCUUUGCUGCUCGUCAUCGCGGCCUCCGGGCGCCUCGCCGCAGCGGAGCCGGCUCUCACUGACAACGCGAGUUGCGAUUGUUUCAGGACUAAUGGGUCAAUUGUGGGCUUCUUUGCGCAGCACCGAUUUUUCGACUUCCGGAACCUGUCACAGUACGCCGGGGUGCCCGACCCAAUAAAUGACAAGAACGAGAGCGCAAAUGCCUUCGCGACGAGCGACUACUUCCUCUCGGACCAGUGGAAUAAUUUCUGGGAGAUCCAGAGCUGGAACAAUAGCGGCGGGGAGCGCAGCGACGCCACCAUCUACAUGGGCAACUCGCCGAACAACAUCUACAUCGAGCAGAACACAGACGACAAACCGUCGUCCAAGACGUGGAUGACGCUGCGGACCAUGAGACUGCCGACCUUCCAGACGGCGGCCGAGAUCGAGUCCGUCUCCAGGGACUUCAAGUUCCUCUCGGUGCGGAUGCUGGCCCGCACCGUCGGCUCCCCGGGCGGCUGCACGGCCAUGUUCACGUACCGGGGGCGGGGCUCAUCGGUGCAGGAGGCCGACGUCGAGGUGCGGACCAUCGACCCGCCGACGGUGGUGCAGUACACGAACCAGCCGUCGGUGAACGAUGACGGCGACGUCAUCGCCCAGGCGACUAUCAACGCGACGCUCCCCGGCGGGCUCGAGUGGUCCGACUGGGCCGUCCACCGCCUCGACUGGACCCCCACCCAGAGCACCUGGUACGUCGACGGCGUCCAGUCGGCAAAGAUCAGCUACCAGGUCCCGCGCGACCCGAGCCAAGUCAUCCUCAACGCCUGGAGCAACGGCGGCGCGUGGACCGGCAACAUGACCAAGGGCCACGCCGCCUAUAUGCAGAUCCAGUGGUUCGAUAUCGUCUACAACUCCACCGGCGACGGCGGCGGCGAGCAGAAAAGGGCCGCCGACAAGACUUCCUGCAGGCGAGUCUGCAGCGUCGACGACACGAGCAGGACGGGCACGCCGGUCCUGCUGUGGAACGCCGCGCCGCGCCUCGGCCAUAGCACCUCGGGACUCAUGGUCUGGGUGCCGUAUCUGGCGGGUCUGGCCAUGGUGUAUAUGUCCUCUGGCCUGCUAGCCUAGGGGGCAGGCUCCCCCCUGCGGUGUCCAGGCUGCCAGUGUGUUGUAUAAAGUAUCCAGUGUUGUAAACAAACAUGCGCCCGGUCGUGUUAAAUAGUUGGUGGCUCGCUUCUGGC